GAACGUGCCCGCUGACGAUGACGACGGUCAGCCAUUACAUCCGGUAGGUGGAGCUUCACGUUGAAGCGGUUAAGUGUUUUGGGGAUCAAUGCAUGGAUUCAGUCAAUUAACGCCAGCUUCCAGAUAGCAUCAACCAAAGGCAGAAGUACAAAUCCUGCAUUGGUUGUGUCAAGAGUGCUGAGAAGUCUGCGCCCCGGAGAGAAACCAAGACCACGUGAAUGAUGGCAACCAGUAAAAGUAAAAACCAGAGUUCACUUGCUCUGCACAAAGUGAUCAUGGUGGGCAGUGGCGGCGUGGGGAAGUCCGCCCUCACACUACAGUUUAUGUACGAUGAGUUUGUGGAAGAUUACGAGCCCACCAAGGCCGACAGCUACAGAAAGAAAGUGGUUCUGGAUGGAGAAGAGGUCCAGAUCGACAUCCUGGACACAGCUGGCCAGGAGGACUACGCCGCCAUCAGGGACAACUAUUUUCGCAGUGGGGAGGGCUUCCUGCUCGUUUUCUCCAUCACCGAGAAUGAGUCAUUCGCUGCCACUGUAGAGUUCAGGGAGCAGAUCCUGCGGGUGAAAUCCGAGGAGGACAAGAUCCCUCUACUCCUGGUUGGAAAUAAGUCGGACCUUGAGGAGCGUCGGCAGGUGUCUGUGGACGAGGCCCGCGGGAAGGCUGAAGAGUGGGGCGUGCAGUACGUGGAAACGUCCGCUAAAACCAGGGCCAACGUCGACAAGGUAUUCUUCGACCUGAUGCGAGACAUCCGGGGGAAGAAAAUGUCGGAAAACAAGGACAAAAACGGAAAAGGAAAGAACAAGAAGAACAAGAAGAGCUUCAGAGAGAGAUGCUGUCUACUCUGAGUGCCUUGAAAACCCCUAAUAUUGCACAACUGCCAAGCUGGGAGAGAAAAUGAAACAAAAAUAUUUUUUUAGUGCCAAAAUAAGGUUAGUGUCUAAUUUUUUUUAAUUCCAAGAAUUUGGGCUGCCGUGCAAUUGGAAGCUAAUCACUGUCCUGACUGACUGCAAAUCUUCAUGAACUGAUCGUACGUGACAACACUGCCUUUGACUCCGCCCCUUUUCCUUUUCACACUAAUUUGCAUUAUUGUCUCGUCUUACUACAAGCACUAAAGCUUCUCAGUGUGCAGCUAAAUUAACAGCAAAUCUAUUUGUCCCCCCUGUUUUUAUUGAUAAUAUAAAAUCUUUUUUUUAGCAACCGGAGUGUCGGUCGGAGCAAACGUGGCCAAAUAUUGACGAAUGCCAUUAUGUUUGGAACAAAUAAGUCAGGCAGUGUUUGUGCAUAAGGUGCUCCAUCAUAUUGAUGUCACAUGACCCUUCCCACCAUUCCCACCUUGACGGUCUUGUUUUCUAUGACAGGUCAAGCUAAUUCCCUUCUCUGCUAUUUUGACGAACACGCACUACAAGGUCCAUUUUCUAAUUAGAGACUUGCUGACAACAAUAAAACAGUUUUUUAAAGGCUGUUAAUGUACCUACUUAAGUGCUUCAGUGAUCAUACUUGUGUCCUAAUUUUUAUUUCAUCGACAGAGAAUAUGUAGUAUUGAACAUUCCUUGUCAAUCAAUUUCCAUUUAUUUCACACGACUGUGACAAUGCUUUUUUUAUGCUGUUUGCUGAUUAAAUGUUUUUUGUACA